GCAAAGCCGCACGAGCCGGUUUUGUAUUGUGCCCCAAACCAAACCAGACGCGCGCACGCACACACACACACUCUCUCUCUGCAAAGACUCGUCGGGCGCGAGAAGGUGAAUUGCUUCCAUGCACGACGAAGGAGACGACUGACCGUGAAGUAGAGACCCAUCGAUCAGCCCGAAUCGUAUUAGGUCCGAUCUACUUCCUUUUGUCGCGUCUAUUUGUGCCCUAUCAGGGUUUGUAUCCACUUUUCUAUUCUGAGAUCCCCAAUCGGACUCUAUGAAGAAGAAGCUUGACACUCGUUUUCCUGCUGCUCGGAUUAAAAAGAUAAUGCAAGCAGAUGAAGAUGUUGGAAAGAUUGCUAUGGCAGUUCCUGUUCUAGUUUCAAAAGCUUUGGAAUUGUUUCUGCAAGAUCUCUGUGAUCGUACUUACGACAUAACACUUCAAAGAGGUGCAAAGACGAUGAGUUCGCUGCACUUAAAACAUUGUGUGCAAAGCUACAACGUGUUUGAUUUCCUGAGGGAUGUUGUGGGCAAGGUUCCUGAUUAUGGUCAAUCUGAUGCUGUCGGUGAAGAUCGAACCGUGUCAAAAAGGAGGAAAGCAACAGGAGAUGAAUUAAUUGAUAGCGACGAGGAGUCAAAGAGUAGGAGAGUGAAUGAGACGACAGCUAAUGCAAGCAGCAGUGGAAGAGGACGAGGCAGGGGAAGAGGGAGAGGGAGGGGUAGGGGCCGAGCGGCUGCCAGAGAACAACAGCAUGACAUCAUGAUGGAACCGGAAUCUUCAGCGGCAAUUCAGAACGCGGUCAAGCAAGCACCACCAAGUCCGGUGAGACCGACGGUGGAUCCCAGUCCAGAAAAACCAAAGGAGCUAGUAAACGAUGGUUCCAUCUCUGCUGCUGAAACUGCGAACCCUUCUUCUUUACUGGACAUUGACUUGAAUGCAGACAUUGUUCAAGAGAAUAAUCCUGAGAGAAUGGUCCCUUCUUCUUCUUCUUCAACAGCAGCAGCUGUUUCAGCUUCAGCUUCGGGUGAAGCUAAAGGGGGGAAUGGUGGUGCUUCAGCUUCGGGUGAAGAGUUUCCUGGAUGGUCAAUCUCUGAGAUGGAAAGAAUGGCUAUUGACCCUAUUCAGUUUGCAAAUAUGAACUCGAGAUUGGAUGAAGAAGAUGAGGACUAUGAUGAGGAUGGUUAAACUCAUCAAAAAAGAUUAAGACACCAUUCAUUAUUUUCCUGGGAAAAAAAAGGUUUUUUUUUUUUUUUCUUUUCUUAUUUUGUCUCUGGUUCAACAUGGUUUCCUUUGUUCCCAUGGUUGUAUUAUCAUUUCUCUUGUUAUAGUAGUAUUUGCUAAUUGUAGUUUUUGUGUUGUUUAGGGUAUUUGAAAGUAGGUAAGAAUAUUUUGUGUAUUGUUGACCAAACCCACCCUUUAGUUAUCAUAAGGGAACAAACAAACAAACAAAAUUGCAGA